AUCUCUUUCUAUUUCGUCGAUUUCCGAGCGAAAACGGCCGCUUUGCGAACGCGAGACGGCGCGUAGACGCUGCGAGAGACACGCCACGACUCGUCGGAUAGCAACGAGACGCCGGAGUCUCACGACGCGCGACGACGACGCAAGAAAAUGGACGCAGCGACCACCAACCGGCCAACAGUCGCCGAUUACUUCGUCGUCAUCGGUUUGAAUGACAAAGCGACGGUCGUUGAAGACCACGAAGCCGCUCCCGAGCAUUUCAAAGUGCCACGAAUGGCUGAGCCAAUCACAGAGCUGCUUGUGGUUGUGAUCGGUUCUGGCGAGAAGGUGCCCGCGGGAGUUAAGGUUGUGGAGCGAGCUGGUGUGAGGACGCCUGGGGAUUUGAAUCACGGGAGUUUGGGUGGGAAGACGGUGUGGUUGUGUUAUAAAACGGGAAAAGAGGAACCGCCACUGACUGAUAUUGAUGUAUUGUAUGGUGGGUCAAGACUGACUCAUGGGCAUGAGAUCCUGCAGAAGUCUGUGAAUGGUCGAGAUGCUGACGUGAAUGCCGGCACCAACUUGGGCGGGAAGAAGACGUACAUUAGCUACAAGAGAGACCCGAUUCAUGGUGGAGCUUUGUUUCGUGGAAUGGCACUGACGGACUUGUGUGUUAUUUAUUCAAACAAGGGUGAUUCGUGUCCUCGUGGAUUUAUCAAGCUCAGCAGUAACUUAAACACAGGAAUGGUUGGCUCUGAUGUGUAUCUUUGCUACAAGAAAGGGAUGAUCAAGCCAACGUCUCUUAACUACCGAGCUUCCAUCUUAAGUCGCUACCCGACAACAGACCAUCAAGACUUCUCUCUCCCCGAGUCUGUUCCUCUUUUCUGCCUGCCGCUAGGAGUCAGUGUUGAAUACUGGGGUGACACAUCUGCCUGCCCACUGCCAACGUUCUCAACGUUUGUUCUCACGGGUGGAACCGGCGAUAAAGUGUAUGGAGCUACUGUGACAUUCUAUGAGCAGCUGCCGGAGGCAAAAGUAACAGACGAAAUGAGAAAGAGUUUACUCAAUAAGGGACAGAUACGACCUGUGCAUGUCAACAAGGCUAUUUGUUUGCUUUCUCAUUGGCCAUUUUUUCAUGCUUACAAAGCCUUCUUAGCUUCGUUGUAUAGAAUCUCAGUUUCUGGACCCUCACCUAUACCACUUGAACGGUACAUUUCAAAUUUCAUGCUCGAUGUCCCAUUUCCAUCUCCAACGAGACCAAGAGUCCUACUUCCGAUUGGCAACGAGAACGUCAUGCUGUGUGAACCAGAGAGAACCCACUUGCCUCUGAGUGCUGCUAAUCAUACUGUCAUUCUGCGGUGCUUGGAUCCGGAUAAUCUGUUGACGCUGCUUUGUUUGUUGCUGUUAGAGCAAAAAGUUAUAUUGCAUUCGACGCGGCCGGCACUGCUGACGAGCUUUGGAGAGGCAGUUUGUUCGUUGUUGUUUCCAUUCAAGUGGCAAUGCCCAUACAUUCCUCUUUGUCCAUUGGCUCUAUCAAGUUUUGUACAUGCUCCAAUGGCCUUCCUCAUCGGAAUUGACUCGGGCUACUUUGAUCUUUAUGACACACCAGAAGACGUCUGUUGUGUGAACUUGGAUUCAAACAGUGUUGCACACACUAAAGACUCAAAGGAAUCGACGAAACUUUUGCCAAAGAAACACACCAAACUACUAAAACAAACUCUCGAAGAGCUGACCGUCAGACUAAAAGAUUAUCCUGAUGUCGAGAGUGGACUAGCAGUCGAUGUUGCACCACUAGAGACGAUGGCCGGUGAACUCCCAACAUCUUGUCCAGUCUCAAAUAUUGAAGUCCGGGAAGCGUUCUUACGUUUUAAUGCGACCAUACUGAAAGAUUACCGAUCGUUUUUGAAGCCGAUCACGCACGCACCGAGUGACAAGUCGGCAGAUGUAGAGAACCUUUUUGAUUCAACAGGUUUUAAGAGGACGAAGUCGUCUGGUGAGCAGGGGUUUUAUUCUCAACUGUUUUAUACGCAAAUGUUUGCUCACUUUGUCGAGGAGAGGUCGUUUGCUUCACACGGAGACUCGUGUCUGGCAUUCUUUGAUGAAUGCACAGAGAAGUUGCUACAGAAGGAGCCUCUUGUAGAGAUAGAAAACGAUCCAGCAAGGUCAGAUCAGAUGACUGUCGUUGUGACUCCACCAGAUGCGAGUGGCCUGCCAGAGGGUACAAUGUACAGCUACCCCAUUUUUCCGGAGCUAAACAACGACAUGUUGCCCUCCUUAUCUGAUGCGAUUGUUCGUUUAAGAAACUACACAAUACAACGUGCCAACAAAGGCACGCAUCCCAACUCGCCCACACAUCAACGGACGUAUGCAGAGAAGAAGAAAGCGAAACGAAUGUCAAAACGAGUGGCAUCUAAUCCUCACAGUUGGGCUCGGUAUCUGCUUGGGCAUGUGUACAGCGUGUGGUUUGUGCAUCUUCCUGCGUAUGCUAACUCGACUCUUUUCAAGCGUGAUGUCCUUCUGAGGGCAUUCAAGGCAUUGCAUCAACUUGAAGCGAACCAGAUGAAGACGUCAGAUGAGGUGUGUUAUCGUAUCCUCAUGGACUUGUGUGGAAAGCUUGGACAUCCAGCGCUUGCCGUUCGUGUAUUGAUGGAAAUGCGACAGCACGGAGUUCAACCAGAUGCCGUCACAUAUGGUCAUUACAACAAGGCAGUUUUAGAAAGCAAGUGGCCAACCAGCCACAACUGGAACAGAAUACGCACUUUGAUCUCCGCCGUCGCUCACUUUCGCUCUCCACUCAAACGACGCUUCACCGAAUCGCCUUCCACUCUACUCGAGCAUCAUCCCAACUUCGAGGUCGCAUCACACGAUUUCAGCAACAGCAGCAUGCUCGCCCUGCCCGGCUCACCACCCGGGUCAAUAGCGGCAUCCGAAACGGAGACACUGCAGCGUUCGAGCAGCGCCAUACUACAUGAGAAAGAGUAUCCAGACGGAACGGACGUCGGACUCAUGAGCGGCAAACUGGUUUUCUCGAAUCCCGAUUUGAGCUUAGAAGACGACGACUUGGAAGUUAAUAUCAAUAAUGUGUAUAGUCCGAGACGGAAUUCGAUUGGUCGUUUACCGGCUAAGCUGCGGGGGUCAUCGUGGCCUUCGGGGGACUUCACGAGUGCCGACAUGACGAAUGGUGGGAACGCAAAUGCGUCGCACGCGUCUCCAGUCGACAGCGGAGUCGACGAGAUGGAAACGAACUGUUCAGAUGAUUCUCCUUUUCCUCUCUUAUUGCCUUCCGAUCACGUGUCUACGUGUACACUCGAUGUACACACGCUAACGAACUCUCGACAACCGGACGUUGCUCCACCGCUACCCGAGUCACAGCCUCCGGAUAUCGUCAUGGUAACUCAACCAUUAGAUGGUCUACCGGAAGACACACACGGACGUGAGUUUGAUGUCGACUGUAACACGGAUGGUCACGCUUUGCCGCUCAAGCAGCAGUCGAUACCGAGUGAAAUGGGAUUGAAUCAGUUGUUGCCGAUCUUCGAAAACGGGAGUGAGCGUGCGUGUGAGAACGGCAAGGAUUUGUCGCCCGCGCAUAGCGCGUCGUUGUGCGACAACAGGGAAACGUUGAUGGACGCAAAGUUGGGAUGGAAUCGGAAGCGAGGGCAUCGACGUGAUUGGAGUGAUGUGACCUGGACGUGUAGCGUGCCAGGCAGUAUUGGUGGUUUGCGAGGGGAUUUGGUGGGCGAUGUUGUUCUUGAGGUGAACAUGGCGAGCGCGAAUCGUUGUGGAGGUUGCCAGGCGCUGCUUUUCGAUGAGCAGAUUAUGUCACGAUGGAGUUCGCACGACUCUGACUUUACGACGAGGUGUUGUUAUUGUUCAGCAAAACUAGUUGCUACACUGAAAAUCCGUCCUGUGUUUCUUACAGCAGGAUGCUCAUCAUCCACACUCGGUAACAACUUGUCAGUCCCAUACUUGAAUCCUCUUAAUCUUCGCAAAGAAGUUGAGACUCUCUUAGAGCACGACGGAGAGAAAAUAUUUGGCAGCGUCUCCCUCGUCACCGAUCAUUCAGUUCUCUAUUGGAAUCUGGUUUGGUACUUUUCUCGUGUGAAUCUGCCCUCGUCGUUGCCCAGUCUGUUACUCAAGCUGCCUGACCUGCAGGGCAAAGUGAGUGCAUCUGCUUCUGUACGAGUACGGGCAUUGUGGCAUAUAGAAGAUGAUGGUGUGACGACUCCUUUGUAUCAGUUUUGGAAGAACAAAGGGCAAGGUUAUUUUGAAGUUAAGAAACGUCGAGAAUCAGUAGGGCAAGUUCAGUCUCUUGCUGCUCAUUUGCAAUGUGGCAACUUCCUCAGUCCACUGCAGAAAAUGAUCGGCGAUCGUUUACAAACACGUGGCUCUGAAAAGACAGAUGCUCGAACGCAUCGAAGCAUGUACUGGGAGAUCUUGUUGUUCCUGUCUUCACUACCAAGAGACAAACUGAACACUGAAAAAAUCGAUAGAGACUACCAAACUGCUGUAUCAAAGCUUCCUCGUGAAUUUGUCCAUCUACUUCGAGUAGAUGAUAACCCUCCUGACUAUGCAGCCCAGUGCUGUCGUAGAACAUUCGGACCAUUAACGGUCUGACCUGUACAUUUGGUUGUAGAUAGAAAAUGUCGUAAAUCAGUGAUAGCUACUUUUUUGAUGUUGUGGUAUUUAUUUGUAAGGCAUGAACAUGUUUAAGAGACAAUGGAAAUUUAUAUGGCAUCUGCAACUGAGCGUUUUA